GUAAACACAUGCAACAGGCGUCCGGGCUCGAGCACCGCUUUGGCGUAACAGUGAAGGUGGUGGUGGCGCUUGAGGCGGUGAUGGAGUGCCGGUGAGGCGGGGGGCCGGAGACAUGUGGGACGACAGUGCAGAGGUGGCUGCAGCAGGCGAGGCCUCGUCCUGGUGUGGCCGCCGGUGAUGUCUUCCGUGUGCUUCGUGUGCCAGCUGCCCAUCCUCAGUCACCAGACAUGGGGCACCUGGCCCCGGCCCCCCGAAGACACAGAUUCACUACUCGGAUCAGAGUCGGACGAGGAAGACGCCACAGACGACUCCGCUCCCAGGAAACCACGGGUGCCCAAGACCUACCAGCAGCAACAGCUUCAGCGACGCCGCAGCAGUCUCGCGGCAGCUGCAGCCGCCGCCGCAGCGCUAGCAGCUGCUGCGGCUGCUGCUGCCAGCGAGGGUAUCGAGCCCAACUUCGAGCGGGGCGACACUUUCCACGAGGACUGCCUGGUGUGCGACACGUGCGGCCUACGUCUGGCUGGCUCCAGCUGGGAAGGCGCCCAUCGCUUCCAGAACCGCAUCUACUGUGGCCUUCACUAUGCCGAUGUAACGGGGUUGUCCAGCGGAGAAGAGUUCUUGGCCAAACUACGAGAGUACAAGCGGCAGUCCCUCGGGUGUGCAGAAGCGCGACGCAAAAGCUCCACCACACUUACUUUCCCGGUGCCCGUACAGUCUUGCCCGGGCCAGCAGUGCGAACGUUAUCCGCACAGUAUCAAAGCCGCCCCAGGCUACUGGAUCGAAUGUUCGGGGCCCGGCAAAGUGGAGGAAGGUGAUGAGAUGCCCGUAGCGCUAGAACUGGUGUCCCGAGAUGAGGACACCUACGAGCGCUACUUUUACGGCACCGAACACUGGAACUAUUUCACCAACGACGAGGCGUUGGGGCCAGUCAUCAUGAGCCUAAAGCAAGAGAACAUCAACAGCAGAGACCAGUUCCGGGUAAUGCUUCGAACGGUUACGUACACUCUACACGGGUUAAUUCCGGCGUCUUGCGUGUGCGCCAACCGUUACGACCGGGAGGCCAUCGUGCGCUGCUUGGGUGACGAGGCCGGUCUCAAGCCUGCGCUUACCCUCGGGCAGCUCCCAUCCACGCCCGACGAGCUGCUCAAGCUGGACCAGGUGUUCGUGAAGUCUGAGCUGAAAGUGGGUGUAGUUUAUGUGAAGGAAGGCCAGAGCACCGAAGAGCAAAUCCUCAACAACCGGACCCACAGCGCCUUAUUCGAGGAGUUCCUCGACACCCUCGGGGACCGAGUCCGCCUUAAAGGUUUCGACAAGUACAAAGGAGGCCUCGAUACCGUCCACGAUCUGACCGGCACAGAGUCCGUGUAUACUGCCUGGAAGAAUAUAGAGAUUAUGUUUCACGUGUCUACUAUGCUGCCUCACGAAGAACACGACUCACAAAAGCUCCAAAAGAAGCGUCAUAUUGGAAACGACAUCGUGUGCGUCGUGUUCUUGGAGGCGGACAACACGCCCUUUUCGCCGGCCUGCAUCAAGUCCCAUUUCCUGCAUGCCUUCAUCGUGGUCCGGGCCUCCCCAAGACCCGCUUCCGUCAAUGCGACCAAGCCCCACAACAACACCGUCUAUGAGGUGUCCGUAGUAUCAAGAGACGAAGUCGGCGCCUACAAGCCUUAUUUGUGGCACAAAUCCACCUUCAUUAAGGGUCCCGCAUUCCGAGAGUGGCUGCUCACCAAGAUUGUCAACGGCGAAAGGACCAGUUACUCAGCACCAAAGUUCGCAAGGAUGCAAGACCGUACGCGUAGCCAAAUGCUCGAAGACAUGGUGCAGAACCUCCAGAACCACGCGGAGACGGGUCAAAUACCAAAGCCUUACCGCAGGGGUUCGUGGCGUCCCAUCGGCCAUAUGAGACCAUCCUCUCCACUGCUUGACUCCGUGAGGGACCCCUUUGAGGGAUACGAUCAACUCACCAGGGAUUUCUCCAAGAUGUUUCAGGGCACCAGGCAGCUCUGUGACGUGGUCUUCAACGUCGGCCAGAGUAGAGACAAGUCUAAAGUUUUCGCCGUACGGGCAAUAUUGGGUGUGAGAAGCAGAGUAUUUCUUGAGAUGUUGUACGGCUUCAGCACGGGAUUCGGACCCUGCACGAGCGGCGACCCUGCCAGCAAAGUUGUCAGUCCUUCGGGGCACAAAUCCAGCAAUUUUCUUCAGGUGCCUGAUAUGCACGAAGCUCCCCGCAACAAGAGUGCUCCGUCCAGCCCCAUGGUAUUGCGCGCCUUCUCGCGCUUGGGCCACUGGACUGGCUGGACGUCUCGCAGCAGCAGUAAGGACCCUUAUUUUCCUGAUAUCGGGGGCCUCAAGCGCUGGCAGAGUGAGUGCAAUUGCAAAGAAAAGGAAAAGGAGAAGAACGCCGUCAUGGCGGGGACCACAGUCACAUUGAGUGUCUGUGCUGACGCACACAAGGUGGACAGGGCCAAGCUCUCUCAGCAGGAGUUCAAUAUUAUCGAGUUCGACAGCGACACGUUCCAGCUGCUGGUAGAUUACCUGCACUGUGGCUCGUGCCCGUUGACUUGUGACACAAUCCCGGGCUUAAUCUGCGCCGCCGAGCACUACGACUUGCCGGAGCUGCUGCAGGCCUGCUUCCAUCACGCCAAGCAGCAUCUGCGCCUGUCCGUCGUCUGUUCCAUGCUCAACGCCCUGGAGAACUACUACUGGCGCUACACGUCAGCCUCCGAGUUGGUCAACAUGAUCCUGCAGUUUGUCGACACCAGAGCAGUCCCCCUGUUUGCUCGGGCAGAGUUUCUAGACCUGUCUGAGUCCAUGUUCCAGGCCAUUAUCGGCCGAGAGCUCAACAUACCGGAGGUACACAAGUUCCAAGUCAUGCUGCAGUGGGCCAAGCAUCGCGUGCGUUCCAUGGAUCGCCCUGAUCCACGGGAGUUGCAGUGUACGAUGAAUCGCUUGACACGAGACUUGAAGCUGCAUAUGAUUCCUCCUCAAGAGUUGAUAAAAGUGGUGUUGCCGACGAAGACAAUCAGCCAUGAAGAAAUACUGGAGACGCUGCUUUAUCAGGCGGACACAGGCAUGUUCUGUGUGCAGCAGUCCUACCUGGAGGCAGUUGAUGUGAAGAACAACCGGUACUUGCUUAGCCACAAACUGAUGACCAGGUACAGGAGGUAGGACGAGCAAGCUACCACAGGUUCUAAGGCUAUGCAACAACGCGUCGGUCCAGCUUACGAGACGCUCCCUCGGUUUCCCUUCUAGAUAGUCGACAUUUUCUUGUGGUAUCCACUUCGUUGUCCCGUUAAGUUGCUGCAGUGUUGUUAUAGAGAGUCUGUGAAUCACUAACAACCCUAUGUGCUGCAUAGUGCGACGUGUAAGAGUACACUGACUGUAUUUCAUUCUUUUGUAAGGCAGAGGUAUUCCGCACGACGAUGUGAAGUCAAACAUAAUGGAACGCCACAUUUGAGAACUACAGGGUGGCUCACAGUUAUGGGGGAAGAGGUUGUUCCGCACAGAUGUGAUCAAUUCCGAAAACGAGAAGAUGGAUACGACAUUCAUAUUUGUGUGCUGGACAUGGUAUCAGUUUUGUGUUCAACAGUUCUGAAAAUAAGCCAGGACAGCUGACACACAAAAGACGCCAAUGAAAUCUCUUAGCGUUCGGUUGAGCCUUAAUUUGGAACCCUUCACUGGGAGACAUUGGCGUUUCCUGUCAGGCUUCAUCAUCGCUGUGUUCAAUGUCCUGCUGAUUAGCAUUUCAGCAUUCCGAAUGCGGUCACGUUUUGUCACUCUAGAAGGAAGUAAACUGAGGGAUAAAGCAGCUUGAAACUCUUGGGGCGUCAGAGCUUCGGUCUGUCAUUAAGCCUUCUGCAUGCAGCAGCAGUGACGGUGCGCAAUGCGCAUGCAGUAUUUAUCACACUGCCGUUGGGGAGCCCGUACACAUUCAGUAUGUCGGAUGUCCUCUUCCAUGGGACAUCGUAGGUCCUACAGAUAGGUUCAAGACAACUCCGACAGCGCUGAGCUGGUUAGCAUUCUCGAUCAGAUAAGCAACCGAGACAACACUCAUUAGCACAGCUGUACUUUAACAACUACUUUAUGGCAAGGAAUCUGAAACAUUUCACUUCACAUUGGUGGCAGGGACGGUUCAUAGUAAUUAAAACCGUGAUUGAACUCACUCCGGUCGGAAUUGUGUUGAGGCAGUUUUCUUGCCUUCCUGGUGAAGUUGCUUUGUACUUCGGUGUUCCAGUCUCGUUUCGUCCACUUAAGUGCUUUGAAUUUCUUUGGAUAAACCAGUUGCUAGCAAACGCAGAUUCCAUGUUGGUCUAUAGGUGUAGGCCUAGGUUGCCUUUGCGUGCCAAACCUGGAUGUCCCGUCCCUACAGGUCGUUGCUGAACCGGUGUUCUAAAGGCCUUCAGCGGCGUUUUUUUUUUCGUGAUUCAGAGCCUAAUGACAGAAAUAUUAUCAACUAGAAUCAACCCAUCAUUUCCAAAUUGCAUGUCAAUUAAUCACAAGGUUAGUAGGUACUUUGGUGUAACACCAUGGUGCUCCGUCACUGCUGCCUGUCUGCUGUUGAGGCUCUCUCUUCAUGCACAUUUGACUUUGGAACGUUACUCUCACCUCUAGAGCGGCCUCACUGGCAACAUGCAAGAAAGGGGAUCUUUUCCGAUGUACAAAUAAGAUUUUUGCAUUAUUUUUAUGAACCAUCAGAUGUUUUCUGUGAAAACUCAAUGUGAAGAACUGAAACACACAAAAAAAAUCAUGGUGUUGUGACAGCAUGCCACAUUUCUGUCUGUGUGUACAUAGGACGUCGAGAAAAACAAGGAGGUGGAUUUUCAGGGGUUUUUUUUGUUGUUGCGAUGUACUGUACUCAAUAGCUCUCACUAUCACGGUUGCAUAACCUGCCAGCAAUGCCUUCGUAAGGAAAGUAGUGAUGACGUACGUGCUUGCAGUUUACAUGCUCUCCACAAAAAGGCUUAAAUGUGAGACCGCAGUUUCGGUUUCUAUUCGGGUUUUCGGGAAUUCAGAUACGGCCACCCGAAUUGAAUGUAUUACAGCGCCAUCGAAGCAACUUCCUAUUGCAACGUUCGGCAGUACUCCAGAGAGUCGAUACAUAUACUUCUACGUCCCAGAGCUCAACCGGAGCCUGAUGGUCAAAAGGGAAGCCGAAACCGCAUCGAAUCCGCAAAAAAAUUAGGUUCAACUGUCCAUGCUAAACCAUGCAACAACAACCACUUUACUUCAUGAUGAUGACUGAGGUGUUUCACCGCCAGGGGCGAUACUCAAACCAUGCAGGCUAGGGUGCCUGAAGUAGCUCCCUCUGUGUGCACAAAGGGAGCUAGCAUUCAUGCACCCUAAUGCAGGCGUGUACGGUAUGUCGCAAAUGAUAUGAUGGUGCCAAAUGCGACAGUAGCCGACAUCAUCAUCAUCAAGUUCAACAAGGAUUUCAUAAGGAAGGUCACCUUUGCUCAACGGUUGCAGGAAACUGCUACGAAUUUUGUCACGAAACUUAUUGGCCGUAAGAAUAAAAAGUAGUUAAAGCUGCUUGAGCGCACAAGUGCGUGAUAGUUAGAAGACCAAAUGGCCAAAAAUUAACAAUAUCUACAGCCGACAGCCUCUUGCCAGCCUUCCUUAUUCCUAGUGCGCUCAACAUACGAUAAUGCCAGAAAGCCCAACCGUUAACAUCUAGCACCAUUAAGUCAGAAAAGUAAAAGAAAAUGUACUCUCGCAAGAAGCGACUCAUAUAAGCCCUUCACAAAAGGGUGACUGGAUACAAACUGAGUUAGUUUAUUCUAGAAAACCCAGUAAUAAAACUCUGUUGUGCUGUUGUUUCGUAGCUUCGGUUAGGAUGUUGGAGAUUGCAACUGGAAAUGUUAAUUGAGAUGAUACUUCAUAAGUGGAAAUGUCCUAAUGCAUACUAGUAGGAAGGAGUGUGCGUAAUUGGCCUUCAAAAGCAAAUUGUGUUUUCUUUUUCUUUUGUAUAUUUUACCGUACUAAAAGCCUAAACUGGCAACCAAACCUUAAGAAGACAAAAGCUACACGGAACUGAAUUCAGUUCCGGUCGUAAGGGUUAGUUUUUGAAGCAAUUAACUUCUUAGAACGUGAAAUACAACCGCACAAUUCCUAGAAAAAUGUGGGGAUAGUGGCAUGCUGUCAUACUUGCGUGUGCCGUCUUCACUGGGCUCGCAUCCUAUUUGGGCACAUUUUCGUCACGGCGACCGUGCACAGUGUUGUGUCGUGUGCCUCGAGCUGAGAAGGUUCGAAAACGUUGCUGUCCCACCAAAUGUGCCUCUCACACGUUGUUGUGCCUUUGUAACGCACUGGUACACUUGCAAUUGUACGCUGUGUACUGUCCUCGUCAGGUGUGCGUCAGUGCUCCUCUUGUUUUUCACACUAGAUGGCGGGAGCACGUUACUAGCUGUUGCUGUGUGCGUCUAAGAUGUACAAUUAUCGAGGUUUUAUGUCCUUCAAGAGGAACUGUGAACAGUCUAUUAAGAUUAACUCCGUUAUCUGCUUGUUAGUCACAACGUUUGUGUUCGCUGAUACGUAUUUUCUUACCCUCGCUGCGUUAUUAGGCGGUUUUAGGGCAAGGUACUUAAGCACUUUGAGUCCCCAAAGAAACGCAGAAUGGAUCCCUGCGUAUUGCUCAAAGCACUGCUUGGGUUCUGGGCAUGCGCUGUGACCAUCCCUUGUGCGUUUGGGCCUUUGGGGCCCCAAGGCGCGUGGCCACCUUAUUCGAACACUCACUGUUGUUAGUAGUAUAGGUACCAGAAGCAUUGCAAAGAAGCACGAAGACAACGCCCGAAACGCAUGGCACGUUUUGUCAGCGUAAAAACUUCGCGUGCACACCGUGGCCUUGCACGCGCGGUUAAGAAACGACCGCGAGACGACCACCGGAAACGCAUGCGAUGCGUACUGAGCGAGUGACGCGCUCCAAUGUUGCCAUAUUCGUUGACGUCAAGUGUUUGAUGGAUGUGCCUAUGCUGCAGUUUUCUACGGUUUCUGCAUUCAUUCGUUCCAGACAUCGUUGAAAUGUAGAAGUAAAUUUAGUAUGGUGGAGAUUGUUUCAAAAAUUUGUGUGAGCAACUCUUACGCAACUUUGUCUGCCGCGCGGUGGCCAUCGCCCUCUUCACUCCUCGGAAGGUGCGCCAGGACGCGCGAAUGCCUGUAGUCGACAGGCUCCGGCGUACACUUUCCGUGCGCAUUGGAAAACUGCUUUUUCCGUGGUCACGCGCACGUCCUGAAAUCGUCGGACAAACGCUCCAUGUGUUUCGGCCUUAAUGGUGCCGUUUGGAAAAGUCUUCGAGUAUGCAGAAAAAUAUCUAAAGUGUUUUUUGUCAAUACUCAAGAUUCUUUUAAUAGAUAGCGCUAAUGGAAAACAAAUAUUACAAUUUAUAUUAGCUUUACGAUUAUUGAAAUGGUUGUGUUUUUCAAUGUAAUAUUCACAGGAACACAAUUCAGAAAUAUAUCAUGCAUGAUUGUUAUUAUCCCAUACUAUAAUACUGACAGCAUUGUGUCCCUAAGGGGUUAUCUUGGUAUGUUUUACUUGCCUUGAGAUCGGAGUUAGCUGUUACGCAGUCCAUAUAAAAUUUCAUGCAACAGAAUGUUGCUGUUUUCUUAUGAACAAGAAAAUCCGAUCAAGUCUACGCAUGCGUUUUCCCUUUUUUACGAUGACGUAACUAUGAGAACUUUUGUGGACGUCACAGAAGUGCGCGGCCCAAUUCAGAACGACAGAGGAUUGCUCCUAAAUCUGCUAAACGUAAUCACCCAACUGUAGAUUAUAAUCCUGAAUUGUUAGAAAUUGGCCUUAAAUUUUAUUGAACUCUUUUUUCCACAGUGACCCUGAGGGUCACACGUCAUGCGACAGCGUUUUUUCCGUCUUGAUUUGUGUCCCGAGAAGAGUCUGGUUAAAACCUUAUGAUGUUCUAGUGUCUACAUUUAUGCGAGUUUCGACAAACGAAAUGUUUUAUUUCCCACUUCUGCGCCAAUCCACAGUCAAGAACUCGCCCAUGGUAUAGAAGGCUGCCAAGAAUACUUAAACUAGGAAGCCAUGUUAAGCACUCCAACAAGCUGACCUUUGGUUCUAAUUUGACAACACUGUUCCUCACGAUUUUUAUCUCAUCAAAAGCUCCAGAAGAACUCGUUCGUGUGAAAACGUUGAAAAAUCAUGUUGCUAAUUCCGAAACGCACUCCUGAUGCGAGCAGUUUCGGUUACGAUUCAUUUGCAUAGCAAAAAUCACAUUUGUUCAAAAAACGGUCGUGCUCAUUUCAGGAUUUUGAAAAAUUAGAAUGGCUUUCAAUGAUUGUUCCCAUUCUGCUGUCUUACUUUUACCGAAAAUCCCCUACGUAAAGGGUUAAUUAAGUAAUUUUAGGUAAUCAGUCAUUCAUCCGGCAGUUAGAUAUGCUCUUCGAGAGAAUGCAGGCCUGGCCGUGUAACCCACCUGCAAAAAAGGUAUCGAUGCUGCUCUCAUAGCCUUUUUUAUAAGAACUCUGUAAUAAGCACAAAAUACCCUGUAUUAUACUAUUUGAAAGUCUACCAUGUACGUUGAGACUUCUACUGUCUGUACGACUGGUUAGUGUUACUGAAAAACACCAAUGAUGUUAACAUUGCUGUCUGUUAGCAGUGUUCUGCGUUAUCUGUUCGUGUAUAUGUGCAACAAAAAUCGGUGAGGAGUAUUAAACGAUGAGGAGUUUACUCCA